UUCUUUAAGGGACUUGGCCGAAAUAUUGCGGACGACAUCGAGAGCUACCAAAACCGUCUGAAACAACUCGUAGAAUAUUUCAACGGUCAUACGACGGUGGACACGAACAUCGUCGUUCUGAGAGUUCUGGAGAGCGUAGGACGUUUGGACCAGGAAAUGAUCUUGAGAGAUCUCCCCGUUGCUUCAGGCUCGGGCUUUCAACCCGAAAAGGGAUGUCUACCCGGGACCCGUCUGCCGCUUAUCGAUCUCAUCAUGGCUUGGAUUUACUCCCCUGACGAAGCGAACCCGCAACCUCUCUUCUGGUUGUACGGUCCCGCAGGCGCUGGAAAAUCCGCCAUUGCUCAUGCCGUCGCACAGCUAUGUAAGGAGGACGGGCGGCUCGGGCGCAUGUUCUGUUUCAGUGCCUCCGGAUGCAAGCUGGAACAGCUGUUCCCAACGCUUGCCAUCGGGUUGGCCGAUCUCGAUUCAGAAUGGAGGAAGGUGCUAUGCGAGGCGGUCAAAAACGACAGUGACCUCCGUUCCACGCAUUCACUACAGCUCCAGUUCGAAAACAUCCUUCUAGGUCCUGCAAAAGCCAUAGCAGACCGCAUUGUAGGGCCCAUCGUGAUCAUCCUCGACGCUUUAGAUGAGAGCGGCGGCGAACGUUCGGAAUUGCUGAAAUAUAUUUCACGGCUAGCGGAGCUCCCCCGUAACUUCCGAAUUCUAGUUACCUCGCGACCCGAACAGGACAUACGAGAGAGUCUAGCAGCACUAAACUGCGUAGUUCGUCAGGAUAUCGCCGAGGAUCAGUACGAUACCGCCGAUGAUGAUAUCUCUCUGCUCGUUGACAAAAGGCUUUCCGAGUGGUCUCAGAUAGGAAAGGACUCGCGGUGGCAGCGAGAUACGAUGGUGCCGCAAAUCGUCCAGGCCGCCGAGAAAUCUUUUCAGUGGGCGUUCACGGCGUGCGGAUUCAUCCGAGGGGAAGACAAGUACAAGGGGUACGACUGGCACGAACGUUUCUUGGCCGUCCUGUCCUCUGGAUCCUUCCAUCUGGACACCCUCUACAAAUUAGUCUUAGGUCGGCUGUUCGGGGAUGGACCAUUGGAUCGUUUCAAACGCGUGUUGGGACGUGUCCUCUCAGCCAAGGUACCGUUACCCCUGGACGCAUUGGAAGAGCUACAAGAGGAGAAAGAUCCACGAGGCUGUACCACCAACGUCUUGAAUAUCAUGGGAUCUUUGUUAUAUGGCGUUUCCAACCCAGGCGAUCCGAUUCGUCCACUACACAGCUCCUUUCGUGAUUUUUUGACUGAUAAAGCUCGAAGCGGCCCUUACUACGUGGAUCUCAGCAGCGCGGAUGACCUGCUAGCCCGCUCGACGCUACGAAUCAUGCGGACAUCGCUUCGCUUCAACAUAUGCCAUCUUGAGUCUUCAUACGACCUCAACGACGAGUACAGUGACCUUGAUCAGCGUACCCAGAAGCACAUGACACCUGGGCUCAAAUACGCGGUCCGUUAUUGGGCGCAACAUAUCGUUCCUAAACCCCGGGCUACUCUAUCUCCCAAAUUGCUCACUCAGAUCGAAGGAUUUUUCAAGACUCGGGCGUUGUUCUGGUUAGAGUCGCUGAGCCUGUUGAACUCAUUACAGUCGGGUUUGUCCGCGCUGCUGACGUUGAAGAGAGCCUUGACGGCGAGCGAUGUUCUUCGCUUGGUCGAGGAUCUCGAUAGAUUCCUCAGCUUAUACUGGGACGUGAUCUCAAUCUCGGCACCCCACAUCUAUCUCUCUGCUCUUCCCUUCACUCCGGAGACUUCGCUCGUAUCUCAAAAUUACAUGGAGCCCUUCCCCAAGAGCGCGAGGGUCUCGCAAGGUCGACUGGCUCAUUGGCCGGCGUUACGAUGCACAAUGCAAGGUCACCGAUAUGGGACCAGAUCUGUCCAGUUUUCACACGAUGGGAAGUGGAUAGUAUCGGGCUCAGAUGACAAUACCGUUCGCAUGUGGGACGCCGAGUCCGGGCAAGCUGUUGGGAAGCCAUUCGAGGGUCAUACAGGUCCCGUUUAUUCGGUAGCAUUCUCUUCGGAUGGGAGGCACAUCAUCUCAGCCUCCGCCGACAACACCAUCCGAAUGUGGGAUACAGCAUAUGGCAAGGCGAUUGGAGAACCAUUCCGCGGCCAUACCGACGCAGUCAAUUCUGUCGCAUUCUCCCCUCGGGCUGAUGAUCCACGCGCAGUCUCAGGUUCCGCCGAUAAGACUAUUUGCUUAUGGGAUACGAGCACGGGGAAAAUGCUCGGAGAACCCAUGGAAGGCCACACAGGUGUUGUACGGUCUGUAGGAUUUUCACCAGAUGGAACGCGCCUGGUCUCUGGCUCUCAGGAUCAUACAAUACGUAUAUGGGAUGCGCAAUCACAAGAACUCGUGGCAGGACCUCUCUCAGGCCACGGUGAUAUCGUCGCCUGUGUCGCCUUUUCACCUGACAGCAAGCACGUCGUGACGGGAUCCUGGGAUGGCACAAUUCGAGUCUGGGAUGCAGAAUCCGGGCAGACGAUAGUAAGCCCGCUCGUGGGUCACACCAGUCCUGUGAAGUCUGUGAGUUUCUCCCCCGACGGAAAGUACAUCCCUGUUGGAGAGCCUCUUCGAGGUCAUACCCAUGAGGUCAGAUCCGUCGCAUACUCCUCAGAUGGGAGCCGAAUCGUUUCCGGAUCGGAUGAUGGCACGGUCCGGCUGUGGGACGCAGAGUCCGGGGAUCCCAUCGGAGAGCCUUUGGUUGGCCAUGACGGCAUUGUGCACUCCGUGGCAUUUUGUUUCAACGAUGAGUAUGUGAUCUCUGGAUCUAUGGAUGGCACGGUACGGAUUUGGGGCGUAGGGACGCCCUCUGUCGCCGUUUUACGAGCCUCAUGGAGAUCGGCGGAUGAGGGAUGGAUUUUAGGUCCCAACGACGAGCGACUACUCUGGGUCCCACAGCAUAGUCGCUGGAAUCUCUGGCAACCUGCAUCCAGACUGUUCUUGCCCUCGGAGGAGACGACGAUGUUGAAUUUGAGGGACUUCGUUCACGGCAAGAGGUGGGCAGAGUGCUACAAUUUCUACGAGCCCAGGACGGACGAGGGCGAAGCUGGUGGAGAGCACUGA